AUGGAUAAGGAUACUCAAAGGAGUAAGGAGAGAGAGAAGGAAGGUACAGGCAAGGCCGAAGGGAAUGAAGUGAUCGAGGUGGAACAGUCUUCGACUGACCAAUUAUUCCAAACAAUGUACAUCGAAGAUGUAUUACAAGAUCCAAAAACGGAGGAAUAUAAAGGAGGUAAGGAACAGCCAUCUACAUCGUUCUUCAGAAAGCCCGGGCCGAGAUCAUACAAAGGAAAGGUAGCAGAACGCUAUAGCAAGGAUUCAUCGGCUAUGGAAAUGGAUACGGAUACCCAAGAGAUCAGUUCGUCAGACAGUGAGACGACUGACCAAGAAAAAAGGAGAAGAGGAAAGGCGGGAAAGGAGGAAGAUUGGGACACGAAUUCGCCCCCCGAGAAACUCAACCGAGGAAACAAGGGCCCUCAAAGGAUAACAUCAAACAGGAAAAGGGAUAGGCUGACGUCGGAAGCCGAAUCUGACUACAGUAAGAGCAGGACAACAGGGGAAUAUGUCGGGAGAAGAGAGGCGAUCCUCAAAUAUAAUGAGGCCAAAGAAGAGGCGCUGCGAUUAGAUAGAGAGAAGAUAAUUAGGGAGUAUAGCAGCUGCGAAUUAUUCAAGAAAGCGAAGAUAAAUCUGGAAAAGAUAAAAGAAGAAAUGGAAGAUAAGUCUAUUGAGGAGCUUGCUACCAAAGUAAGUGACAACCUAACGGAGGUGCUGAGAGUCGCUAAGUCAUCAAGCAAUCUCAAAGGGACUUUUCAAAAGAGCCUGAGGAUAGCUGCGGCUUCGUCAAUGGGAAUUUUUGAAGUUCUUAAAGACAAAGCUAUGCGGUCAAAAGAAGAAGCUAAAUCCGCGGAGAUAAAAUCCCUAAAAAGAGAAAUCGCAAAAAUCAAAGCGAAGAUGGAGGAAGAAGUAGAAGGAGAGCGGAGAAAAGCCUUGCAGGCAGCAGGAGAGGCAGAAGCGUACAAGCACGAGCUUCAGAUAUUAAAGAAAGAAAGACGGGAAAGGAGGAGGGACAAGACCCCGAGUCCUAAAGAAAGGGACAAAAGAAGCGGUAGCAAGGGAAGACAUCAAACAGAGACGCCGAAGAAAACCACAAAAAGGAUACCUUCAGCCAAUAUAAAGGCGAAGGAGAGAUUAAUCACGUCGGACUCCGAACAAAUGGAGAUUGACGAGAAGCCUCCCUCAAGUAAGAAAAUCACACUGGAUAGACCAGAGGAAUGGCCUAAGGUCAUCCGUCCUACCCUCUGUGGAAAGAGAAAAAUAUUACAAGAGGACCCGAAUGUACAGGAGGAAAUAUACAACGAACACAAGAGAUAUAUGGCUGACACGAGUAAGGAAGAAGGAAAGGGGACAAAGCCCAAAAUAGAGAACGAGGAAAACAAAAGAAGUAAGAAGAAAGAAAUAGAAUACAACCAGAUGGAAUUAGCAGAAUUAAUUAGGAAGAUUGUAGCAGAGGAACUAUCGCGACACGGUAGGAAACCGAUAAUUACGGAAUUUCAAAUACCGAAGGUCCCUAUAAUACUGGAAAGAAGUGGAGGAAAAACGACGGAAAAGAGCUCAAUCACGAAGGGAGAUAAUAAUAGUACUCCCAGAAAAGAGGCUCAAACAACCAGAGGCGGAUAA